ACUAUUCUACUAUAGAAUGUAGGGGAUUGGCGAACUACUGCACAGCCGCGGUAGUUUCACAUCUGUGAAUGUAAAACGUUUAUAAGAGCGGUGUUAAAAGUUGCGUAGAAACUGUCGUAGUGAAUAAACGAAUUUGCAAAAUAUUUCUUGAUAGUAUUAUCGCGUGUUUAUCAAUUACACAAAAUAAAGUGACAGGAUGUCUAUCAUUAAUCUCAAUUCUGAACAAGAGUACAAGAAUCACGUCAAGUCAGAAGAUCUUUCUGUCAUUCAUUUCUACGCAUCCUGGGCCGAUCAGUGUUCGCAAAUAAACGAUGUGAUCGAGGAAAUGAGCAAACUGGCCGAGUAUCAGGGGGUUAGGUUCGCCAAGAUUGAAGCUGAAAAAGUACCUGAUGUAUCCUUGAAAGCUGGUAUCAGUGCAGUACCAACAGUUGUUUUCACAAGAAAUGACACCAUAGUCGAUAGAAUCGAUGGAGCUGAUCCUGCAGCUAUAGCCGAGAAAAUUAAGCUCCAAUUAUCGACCAAUAAAGAUUCUGUUUCGUUUGAUACAUGUAAACCUAAUGAAAAACUCGAAGGAAAACUAAAGAAAUUAAUAAAUCAAGCACCCUGUAUGCUUUUCAUGAAAGGAUCUCCUACCACUCCACGUUGCGGAUUUUCUAGAACAAUAGUGUCCAUUUUAGAUUCUUGUAAGACAGAUUACCAGACGUUUGAUAUUUUACAAGAUAACGAUGUUAGAGAAGGACUUAAAAAAUUUAGUGAUUGGCCAACGUAUCCUCAAUUAUAUGUGAAUGGAGAGCUCAUUGGAGGAUUGGAUAUUGUAAAAGAAAUGAAGGAAUCUGGAGAGCUGGAAAGAAUGUUGCCUAAGAAGAGCUAAUGCGAAAGAAACGUGAGUUUCUGUUUACAUAAAUAUUUAAAUACUUUUAGCUCGAUAGAAGUGCUCAAUUGUAGGCACUUAUUAAGGAUCAUAUAAUUAAUUUCUUUCAAAAAGAAAAAAAAAAAAGAAAAAAAAGACCAGUCCCCAUAUUAAUAUAAUUAUUUGUAAGUUAUUUUGUAUCAGUUGUAAGGAUUUCAAUAUUUCUUCUAUGAAAAUAUGCAAUAAAUUAAACCACCUGCUUAAAAGGAUCUUUUUGUAAGCGCUAAUUUUUAAUCAACAGAUUGCACAACACAAAUAAAUAGUAAUAUAGGAA